AUGACGGUUCAGGAUCAGCAAUCAGGGGCAAUGAAGCCAGAUACCGGCUCAAGCCCAGAAGGCCAUUUACAAGAAUCGGGAGACGAGGAAUUGGCCUAUCCCGAGGGUGGUCUGGACGCAUGGCUAGUUGUGCUUGGCGCCUGGUGCGCCAUGAUACCCUCCAUGGGGCUGCUCAACACCAUGGCCGUGCUUCACGCCUACGUGUCCGAAAAUCAGCUGUCACACAUAUCACAGUCGGCUAGUGGCUGGAUCUUCAGCAUCUACGCAUUUUUGCUCUACUUUUGUGGGGCUCAAGUCGAAUACUACCAGUUUAUCCUAUCAUUCGGUGUCCUUGGUGAAAUCUCAGCAUCGCUUCUCUUCUAUCCCAGUAUCGCAGCCAUAGGGCACUGGUUCGAUGAGCGGCGAGCCCUCGCCACAGGCAUCGCCUGCACAGCAGGGGGAUUUGGAGGAAUUGCCUUUCCCUUGAUCAUUCUUUACUCUGCGCCCCGUAUUGGAUUUGGAUGGUCCAUACGCAUCAUCGGUUUCAUCUGUACAGCUUCGUGUCUGGCCGCAUGCUUUCUCAUCAAGAAAAGAUUGCCAACAAACCGAUCGGGAGGUUCGUCGAUUGAUCUCAAGGCACUGCGGGAUCCAAAAUUCGGCGUGACAACACUGGCCGUCUUCUGUGCCGAGUUUGCCUGCUUUGUUCCCUACACCUACAUCUCAUCGUAUGCAAUCCAUGCGGGCAUGGGGGCCCAGGCCGCCUAUCUUCUCAACACCCUACUCAACGCAGGCGCCGUCCUCGGCCGAGCGCUCCCUGGAUAUGUUGCCGACAGCUAUGGCGCAUUCAACAUCAUGUCCAUCACAGUGAUCGUAUGCACGAUCAUCAUUUACAGUUUAUGGUUUAACUCGGGAAGUAACGAGGCUAUGAUUCAGGCUUUCACAGUUCUUUUCGGGUUCUGGUCCGGCGCCGCCAUCAGUCUGACUCCAGUCUGCAUUGGUCGUGUUUCCGAGACAAAGGAUCUGGGUAAGCGUAGCGGCACAGCUUUCUGUGUAUCGAGCUUUGCCGGUUUGACCGGUAUUCCCAUUGCAGGCGCCAUUCUGGAGGCGAAUGUUGGAUCCUACAGAGGCUUGAUCUUGCUUACUGGUGGCUUCUACGUGGCAACCUCGAUAGCAUUCAUUGUCGCGCGGGGCGUCACGGGUGGCUGGCAUCUCAAGGCUGUGGUGUAA